AUAUAAAAAGUUGCAAAACAUAUUCUUGAUGUAUCAAAUGAAGAAUUUGAAGGUCCUGGACUUAAAAUUAGAAUUCGCAAUAUAUUCCGGAAGCUGCGUUAUGCAUUUCUGUGUAUGGUUCAAACUUGUGAAAGUGUUCAAUGAAAUUAUUGCUUGGGUCGAAAAAACAAAACAAGUGGCCUUUUUAGAAGAGGAGAACGGGUCAGCUCCCAAGCUUGAGAUCUUGAUGGGAGAAUUACCUGAAGAAGAGGACAACAUACUUUCCGACAAAAUGAUUGGUGCUCAAC